AUGGAUUUAGUCAACCACCUGACCGAUAGAUUACUAUUUGCCAUCCCGAAGAAGGGACGUCUCUAUGAGAAAGCCGUGUCUAUUUUGAAAGGCUCGGACAUCAGAUUCCACCGCUCCCAGCGCUUGGACAUAGCGCUGUCGACCAACAUGCCUGUCGCCUUGAUCUUCUUGCCAGCUGCUGACAUCCCAAUGUUCGUGGGUGAAGGUAAGUGUGACCUCGGUAUCACCGGUGUCGACCAGGUAAAAGAAUCACAAGUGGAUGUCUUGCUGCCCAUGGACUUGCAGUUUGGCUCCUGCAAGCUUCAAGUACAAGUGCCCGAAAACGGACCUUAUACCAAGCCUGAACAACUGAUUGGGAAAACCAUUGUCUCCAGUUUCACUACUUUGACCAAACAAUAUUUCGCCGAACUCGAAGGCGUGCCUGUCGACCAGAUCUCGACUAAGGUCAGAUUCGUGGGUGGCUCUGUGGAAGCCUCGUGCGCGCUAGGAAUCGCCGAUGCCAUUGUGGAUCUUGUCGAGUCCGGCGAGACCAUGCGUGCGGCUGGCUUGAUAGACAUCGCCACUGUUCUAGAGACCAGUGCCCACUUGAUAGAGUCCAAAAACCCCAAGGGCGACACAGAACUGCUGCAGACCAUCAAAUCCAGAAUCGAGGGUGUCAUGACCGCGGCAAAAUACGUUUCCUGUAAUUACAAUGCGCCUUUGUCAAGCCUACCAGAUGUGCUGAAGAUCACCCCGGGCAGAAGAGCCCCUACGAUCUCCCAAAUCGACGACGAAGGUUGGGUUGCCGUGUCUGCCAUGAUUGACAGAAAGCAAAAGGGUACCAUCAUGGACGACCUGAAGAAAAAGGGAGCUGCCGAUAUCAUGGUCUUUGAGAUCUCCAACUGCCGUGUUUAG